AUGAUGACCCAGCGGAAAGAUCAAAUUUCCUUUGGCCUUCUCUUCCAUUUGGUCUGCUCCUUUGGGUAUGGCUUCCCUGCUGAUUCCGGGACUGAAUUCCGAUCUGCCUUCUCUGUCGCUAGGACCAGCAGCAUGGAAGGAAGCACCGAGAUGGUGAUCACCUUUGAUAAGGUCUAUGUAAACAUAGGGGAUGACUUUGACCCCAAAGCUGGACUAUUUCGAUGUCGUAUCCCUGGAGCCUACUAUUUUUCCUUUACUGUUGGAAAGUACCCCAAGAAAAAUUUGUCAGUCAUGCUAAUGAGAAACAAGAAUGAAGUGCAGGCAAUUGUAUAUGAUGAACAUCACCGUAAAGAGCGAAAAGUGGCCAGCCAAAGUGCCAUGCUGCAAUUGGACUAUGGUGAUACUGUGUGGCUACGUUUACAUGGGGAUCCAAAGUAUGCCCUGUAUAGCAAUGUGGGCCCUUAUACAACUUUCAAUGGGUACCUCAUUUAUCCAGACACCUCUAGCUACUUUCAGAAUAGAGUAGGAUCUCCAGAACUAAGCAAAGAACCUUCUCAGCCUCCCUCUCAUGUCAUUCAGCAGCUGUCCAUCAACCAAAACCAAGUCUCAGAAAGACUCCUGCUUUCCGAUGAACCAGCAAGACCACAGGACCCUCGCUCUGCCUUUUCAGCCGCCCGUUCUGAAAGCCUCCUAGGAUCGGAUGAAAAGCAAACCCAGCAUGAGCCCAUCACAUUUGACACCGAGUUUGUGAACAUUGGGAGUGACUUCAAUUUUUCAACUGGCAUCUUCACGUGUCGUGUUUCAGGCGCCUACUAUUUUUCCUUUACCAUUGGUAAAAUGCCUUUCAAAACAAUGUCAGUAAAGCUGAUGAAGAACCACAAUGAAGUUCAGGCCAUGAUCUAUGAUGACAACCAUUCCAAAAGGCGUGAGAUGCAGAGCCAGAGCAUUAUGCUUCCUCUUCAAUCUGGGGACAUUGUCUGGCUCUACAGUCACCAGCACGAUGGCUAUGGUGCUUACAGCAAUCAUGGCAAAUACAUAACCUUCACCGGCUUCCUUGUCUAUCCAGAGACCAAGACAAAACCCUCUUCAAAUUCCAACAUUUCUCCAGGGUCAAAUCUCUAAAUGUGCAUAUACAACAUAAGAGGCAUAAGAGUAAUCCAGAUGCAGCAGACUCUUGUGCAGGUCCUGGACAGAUAUCACUCUUCAUAUGAGAAGCUACAAGCAUGCUAUUAUAUGUCCAGCGUAUUCCUUAUGGACACGUUCCUUGUGUUUUCUGCCUGCAGAGCCAUUGUGAUUUCUCUCAUUCAUCCCUAGAAUGACAUUCACAAGUUGGUGUGUUUUGUUCAUCAUUACUAUUAGACAUAAGACUAAAGCAUGAAACAAUUUGGGGAAUAAAAGAAUAGGGGGAGAUAAAUGAGAUAUGCAAAUAAGGGAAUUUUUAAAAAUGCUGAAAAGCGUUAUACGGUAAAAGGUUCCCUCUGCGGAACGUUUGAGAAUUGAUUACAUUCUGUUCAACUGUUGGCAAGCAUCACAAGAGAGGGACAGAUAUAAUGGAACACCAAAUAAAGCCUGAAACUAAAAGGACUGUGUGUAUUUGUACAUUUGAUGUCACAAUAUUCAAACCUUUCCAUUCAUGAAAAAGGAUCCCAAGCUUUAAAUGUGCGGUAUGUUUGUAGUGUAUCUCCAAUAAUUGAAAAAUCAUUUGAUGUUUGAUAAAUUAAAAAGUACU